GACAUCAGGCGGCGGCCCGAGCCCUGCCUUCCUCCGCCCCCCGUUCCCGGCCCGCUGCCGCAGCCGCAGCCGCAGCCGCAGCCGCAGCCGCCAUGGACCCAGUGGAUCCGGCCCGGCCCGGCCCCGGCCAGAGCCCUCGGCCUGGCUGACACAAGGUGACCAUUGUAGCUGUUGUAGCUGUGAUAUCUCCAAAUUGCUGAGCUGAGAGAGAGAGCUUGAUGUCUCAUGCGGUAGAGGAACCGGCUGGGGACCCUGGAGUCCCAAAGCCAGGAGGCAGCAGUAACAUGGAGCUAGGGACCUGCCAAGAGCUUUUGCAUCGACUUCGGGAACUGGAGGCAGAGAAUUCAGCACUGGCCCAGGCCAAUGAGAACCAGCGAGAAACCUAUGAGCGCUGCCUGGAUGAGGUUGCCAACCAUGUGGUACAGGCUCUUCUGAAUCAGAAGGACUUACGGGAAGAAUGCAUCAAAUUGAAGAGGAGGGUAUUUGACUUGGAACGGCAGAACCAGACAUUGAGCACUCUCUUUCAGCAGAAGUUACAGCUUUCAGCAGGUUCUCUUCCACAGCUCCCAUUACAUCCACUUCAGUCAAUGUCAGAGCCGCUAGCCACCACACUCCUGAGUGCUGAAGAGGGACCAGCAGUCUUACUGCCAGUGGGGCCCUGUACUGGACAAAAAGAGGUAGGCUGUGAGCAGCAGCAGCAGCAGCAGGCCUUGGGUAGCCUGGGCCCCCCAUUGGAUGCCCUUUCCCCGUUUCUGAAGAAAAAGGCUCAGAUACUGGAGGUGUUGAGGAGCCUGGAAGAAACUGACCCCCUGUUACUGCACCCCACCACAGCCUCAUGGAGGGCAGCCGGGCAGUGUCCCCAAGGGGAACCCAGCAUCCACCCUGAUUGUUCCUUGAAGGGCAAGGCAGGUGAAAAAUGGAGCCCAGGUGAGAGGCUGGGCUCCCCUGAACCAGUCAAUGGUGAAGUGUCUCCCCCACCCCUGCCAGAGCCUGCACCGUGGGCAUCCUGCCUGCUCCUGGGCCCCAGUGGACUGGGGGGACUGCUCCGGUGGGAGCCCAUCCUGGGGAGCCCGAGGGGUGAGGAGAAGCUGGGGAGGCUUUGGGGCAUGGGCCGGGAGCCCCAGAGGUCCCCAGCACCACAGCCUGGCCUCCACAGUGGGCCAGGCAGCAGCAGCAGCUCCUCUUCAGAUGAGGCUGGGGAACCAGGGGAGGCAUUGACACCAGCUGCCCUACUCAAUGCCUUGGCCCGGAAGCAACUGAAUCUAGGCCAGCUGCUGGAGGACACAGAGUCUUACCUCCAGGCCUUCCUAUCAGGGGCUGGAGGGCCCAACAGUGGAGACACCCCCCCCACCUAUGGUCCUGGCUCAGGACAACCACCCUUGCCCAAUGAAGGGCUUCCCCAGUCUCUAAGACCCAAAGGCCUCCCUAAAACAGCAUGGGGUGGGGGAGGAUCUGAAUCCCUCAAGCCAGGCUUAAGCACUACCUCAGAGGGCAGUGGGGCCCUCCCCUUCCUCAGUGUGUUUGUGGAUGGGGGAGACACCUCUCCAGUCCCCUGGCCCAGCUAUCCCCAUUCCUCAUCUCAGGUGAAAAGCGAGCUCCAAAUUAGCCCUUCUUCCCCCAUUGAGAACCAGGAACUCACCUUCUCCUCCCCACCCAAGAGUCUCAAUUUCUUGAAGUUAUCUCUGGCCCCAGAUAAGACCUCUAGCCCUAGUACCCCCCAUCUUAGUCCCCAGUUGCCCCGAAGCUCCCGAAUCCCUUGCUGGAAUGGAGGUCCAGAUGGGAGUCCUUCCCCCAUGCUUACCCACCGAGGCCUUGGGGGUGAACUGUCCCCUGAGAUAGUUGUCCAGCGCCAAUCCACCAGCUCCCCACCUACCAUCAUUGUGGACUCCAUCCAGCUUAGACCCACACACCCAACCCCAUCCUCUGGUCUUUCACCUGAGCCCCAAGCUUGUUCAACCCCACACCGGUAUGAAGAUGUCCUGGACCUUUCAACCGGCUCCUUUGGGGGGCCAUCUCCAGACCCACCCCUUACCUCCCUCCAGUCACCCAAUUACCCACAACUGGUCCCAGAGACGCUGGAGCAGGCUCCUAGGGGCCCACCCAGCCCCUGCCCACCUCAGCUCUGCCCUUAUGGUGGUACCCAGGGGAAGGGUAGUGAGAAGGCAGGACCAGAGUCUCCACAGGCUGGCUGGAAGGGAACAGGCGGCUCCUCUAAAAAGCCAAGCAAUGGGGCAGGGAGACGGCCUGGGGAGCCAGGCUUCACACCUCUCCGAGACAGACUGACAGCGCUGGGCAAACUGAAGACAGGCUCCGAGGGAGCCCCGAGCACUGACAAGAAUGGCAGCCCUGGAAAGCCAGGAUUAGAGAGGGCCCGGCUGCCGGGGAGGCUAAGGGAAGGCACUGCGGACACAGCCCCCAGCUCCUUCAGGCCCCCUGAGCCCACUGAGGCAAAAGUGCCCCCGAGAGGGCCGGUGCCCUUGGGGACUAGCAGCCUGAAGCAACAGGACCACGGGUCUCCUGGGGAACCAGGUGCCCGCUGCUAUUCUUCCCACUCCAUGGGUGCACGUCUUGACCUGGACCCUAUUUCACCUCGUGGCUGCCUCACCAAAGUGGAGCUGGCAAAAAGCCGGCUGGCAGGAGCGCUGUGCCCCCAGACCCCGCGGACCCCAGUCAAGCUGCCUACCACAGUGCCCAGCCCAGGCAAGCCCAACAAAAGCCCCCAUGGCAGCCCCACCAAGCUGCCCUCAAAGUCGCCCACCAAGGUGGUGCCCCGGGGUGGAUCUCCCCAAGUACCCAAGGACCUGGUAAAGCCUGAGAAGGGCAAGGGUCCCCCGUGGGCCGAUUGUGGUGCUCCCUCCCAGCCAGUGCCCAAGGUAGUAGGCCCAGGGGGCCAAGGCCAUGGUUCUGACGGGCCCGAGCUCCAUUCAGCUAUAGAAGAGAAGGUCAUGAAGGGCAUCGAGGAAAAUGUGCUUCGGCUACAGGGCCAGGAUCGGACACCUAGCGCAGAAGCCAAGCACCGAAACUCGAGCAGCAUCGUUAGCUGGUUUGGACUAAAGAAAAGCAAGCUGCCGGCCCUGAGCCGCCGGGCUGACCCUGGAAAGAACAAGGAAAGUCUAGGGGGCAGCCCCCUUGGCAAAGGGGGCAAGCAGGAGGCCCGGAAGCUAGAGACGGAGAGUCUCAACAUCUCCAAGCUCAUGGCCAAGGCAGAGGACCUGCGGAAGGCCCUGGAAGAAGAAAAGGCCUACCUUAGCAGGCAGGGCCGAGGGCGAUCGGGAGGCCCAGCACGGAGCACCAGUAGCAGCGAGGUCGUGCUGGGUCAGGCACAGAGCCAGCUCACCAUCAUGUACCAGGGUGCUGACACCUUCAUGCAGCAGCUGCUCAACCGGGUAGAUGGGAAGGAACUGCCCCCUGACAGCUGGCAGGAGCCCAAGCCAGAGUUUGGAGAUUUCCAGUCAUCUAUUCCCGAAACCAAGGGCCCUCAGCCACUCCGGAGCCCCCGAAAUGGCCUAGUUGGCCAAAGUGCCAACAAGUCAUCUGGAAAGAAGAGCAGUGAACUGGCACAGAGGGAAGCGGCCCCCACGGAGGACGGCCUCGCUGAGCCCAUCCCCACCCCGAAUUUCACAGCCUGUGGCUCCCUGACUCGAACUCUGGACAGUGGCAUCGGCACCUUUCCCCCGCCAGACCACAGCAGCACUGGAGCCCCCAGCAAAAACCCACCCAAGCCAAAGCCUUCCCGACUGGACCCAUCCCCCGCAGAGCAUUUGGCCCGCCCUAACCCCCUCACCAAGGUUCCCCGACGUGCCAGAACGCUGGAUCGAGAGGUGCCUGCUGUGGAAGAGCUCCUGGUGGGCGGGCGGCACCCAAGUGUCCCUGCCUUCCAUGCCCUGCUUUCUCCUACUCCUAGGCACCAUGGGCACAAGGCCUGCACAGAUGAUUCCAGUGGACACCCUGGGCGGCCACCCCCAAUCCAGCUCUCCAAAAACUGGACUUUCCCUAACACACGAGCAGGUGGCAACUCUUCUGAUCCCUUCCUUUGUCCACCCCAUCAACUGGAAGGGCUUCCCAGGACCCCUCUGAUCCCCCCAGUUGAGAGGAAGCAGUGUUUAGAGGGAGGACCCCCACCUCCAACGACCUCCGGCCCAGCUUUUAGUGGCAGUCGUACACCCAGCACUUCAGACAUGGGAGAGGAUGGACGUGCCUCUGGUGGGGGCCCUCCUGGACUGGAAACGUCAGAAUCCCUCAGUGAUUCCCUGUAUGACUCCUUAUCUUCUUGUGGGAGCCAAGGCUGAGGUGGGGCACCAAAUGCUGGAAGUACUUUUUGCUCACCACCCCAAACCAGAGAUGGAGACAACAAAUUGGACUCAACCUCCCUGUUUUCUGUGGACCAGGAGAAAGGCUUGCUCUGCCGUGGGACCUAGUUUGAAGCACAUCACCAGGAGAGAAAUAAGUGGAGAAGAAGAAAUUACAGUUCACCCCCACUCCUACCCUUAAUCACCCAUUGGAAGGAUGAGAUAACUGGUCUCAGCUUAGAGACCCCACCUUAUCCUUUCUCUUGCUCAGAACAAGACCCUGACUUCAUGCCCCAUCUUGAAACCCAGGGGUGCCAUAAUGUGGUGCUGGGCCUCCCCCCACUCUCCCACUGGCUGUACUAUCUCUUGCUACUAGGCCUCCAGUCUGAUCUGGCUACUCGCUGUCUCCUAACACCCACCCUGGUUGGGGCCAGAAAACUCUUGUGGAGUUGGAAGGAAGCCAGAGGAGGUGGCGGAGUCUGCCCUCUCUCCCCCAUCUCCACUGCCCCUCUGUGGGCCUCCUUGCUCUUUGGAUGGUGCUGUCCUGACCCCUACCCCUUGUCUCUGGGGUUCUGUUUGGGAGGAGAGUUGUUCUGUUUUGUUUUGUUUAUAUUAAAACCAUUUCCCCUCCUG